CAAUCCUGACUUACAUAUGAUGGAAGGAAAGAAAAAUGAAGAUGAAAAAUGGACCUCAAAAUUUUCUGUGAUUGCACCAACGUUGGACCAGGCCGAUUCGCUAACUGGUGGUCCACUGCAAGUGAAUGGUGACAACGACUUAGGUAGAAUAGAUCAGGAUGAUGGAAGAUUUGCCUUAAAACAAGAAAAAGAAAAGACUACAGAUGCUGACAUGCUGUGUGACGAGCUUACAGAACCGUUACAGAGAACAGAAGAGUGGCCCAGUGCAGACGCCACAGUGAGACAACGACUCGAAAUGACUCUGAGGACCCGAGAUGCGGAACUGAGGCCUGCCAGAGACAAUUGGAAUCAGGUUUAUGAUAGUCAUAAAAAAGAUCUGUUGCAUAAAAAUCACACGUUGCAGGAUGAAAUUCCCAUGCUAAGACUGGAAUUAGACACAAUUAAAAGUCAGUACCGGGAGAAGGAAAAGAAAUAUUGCAAGGACAUUGAAAUUGUAGAAGAAAAGAAUGAAGACCUUCAAAAGACAGUAAAAUGGGAGAGGGAAACAUCCACAAUAACAAUGUUCCAGUGUAGUGGACAGCUGAGUGUUCUGACAGCUGAGAACACAAUGCUAAAUUCUAAACUGGAGGAUGAAAACCAAAACAAGGAAAGGCUGGAAACAGAAGUUGAACCAUGCAAUUCUAGACGGGUUGCUGCUAUACAGGAUCAUGAUCAAAGGCAGGCAUCUGAAAGGGAUCUAGACCUUGCUUUCCAGAGAGUAAGACGUAAGUGGUUAUAUUUACAGGAACAAGUGAAUUUUGACAUGUCUGUCAUAGAAGAUCAGACUGAAUUUCUUUCUCAAAAACUUUAUGAAGCUGAAAAUAAUAAUAAUAGCCUAGAAAUUGAGCUCUGUCACACAAGAGAUGCUCUCAGAGAAGUGACUUUGGUCUUAGGAUGUGUGCAAAGAGAUCUAAGCCAAACAAAGUGUCAAAUGAAGGAAAUUGAACACUUGUAUCAAAACAAACAAGGCAAAGUGAAUAAACGCAUUGGAGAGCAGGAAUCUGUAGAGGAGAGAUUAUCUCAACUGCAACAUGAAAAUAGUUUUCUUCCACAGCAACUGGAUGAUGCUCACAACAAAGCUGAUCAUGAAGCAGAGAUAGUAGUCCAGUGCCAGUGUUGUGAUACUGUAAGAACACUUCAAGUUCAGAGUAAAAAGCCCAGUCUUGUACUAGAAGACGGAAACAAGGAGCUCAUCAAUGAAUGUAACCACUUAAAAGGAAAGCUGCAUCAGCAUGGAGAUGAGAACGUAGAAAGAGAAGUAAGUAUGAAGAGAGAGACAUAUUUUUCAAACUUCCUGAAAGUAAAUCCAAAGUCAUAUUUGAUUAUGGCUAAAUGCUGAAUCUAACUGAAUAUGAAAAAGAAUAGAUUAUAAACAUAUUUGCUAUAUCAGCUUAGAAACAUUCCUUGUUUCCAACAAGUAAAAAUUAGACCUGAGGGAUGCUUUACUUUGAGUAAAGAUAUUGGUCUCCUAUAAAAUGUUGUAAGAUUAAGUCACAAAUUGCUAAUAGAUAUAGACUGAUGUUAGUAAUGAAAUCUUAACCUGCUCUAAAUAAUUUUAAUGUCUUUUUGUUGUCAUAUUUUAAUACCAUGAUGAAGCAGAUAAAUAGAAAUGCCUUUACCUAAAAUGAAUAUUUUGAAAUGAAGAUUCAACUGAGUGGGUUACCUUGACUGUUCAUUCCAAAUUUCCCAGAUGAACUGAAGUGUAGAUUCUGUGUCUCAUAAUACUUUUCCUUCAGUGGCUUUUGAUAUAUUUUUAGUUGAUACAAUCUUAUUUUUAUCAUGUCAAUUUGACUUAAAUCUGGAAAUAUUGUAGUCUCCAAUUUGAUAUUCUUAGGACCUCUGAAUUCUUUAAGAGUAUCUACUUUUCAUUAAGUCAUAAUUUGGGACCAAUGUGGUGAAUUUUAGCAAGACCAUGUUUGAUUUAAUCUUCCCACAGGUAUUUA